AUGUCGCCAACACUGAAGGUUCUCAUCAGCGGCGGAGGCAUCGCAGGCAAUGCUCUCGCCUUCUGGCUUUCGAAGCUAGGCCAUGAUGUCACCGUCGUUGAAUGGUUCCCAACCCUCCGAGCCUCGGGCCUCCAACUAGAUCUCCGCGGUCAUGGAAUCACAGUCAUGAAGCGAAUGGGCAUUGAAGAGGAAUUCCGCGCCAAAUCGGCCCCGGAGCAGGGCCUACAAUUUGUCAAUAGCUCGGGAAAGCUACUGGCUCGAUUCCAGUCUGGCAAUGAAAAUGGCAAGGGGCUACAAAACUUCACUACCGACUACGAGAUUAUGAGAGGGGACCUAUGUAAGAUCAUCUACAACGCAACAAAGGACCGGACCAAGUACAUUUUUGGAACGUCAAUCGAACAUCUUGAGGAUAAGGGCGGUUCUGUCCAAGUUCGAUUCAAGAAUGGCCAGGAAGAGUCAUUCGAUCUCGUCGUCGGCGCCGACGGCCAGCGUUCACGUACCCGCAAGAUGAUGCUAGGGUCUCAAAGUAUAGACCCGGUUGUGCCGCUCAGUGGUAUGCACGUGGCGUACUUUACUACACCGAUGCCGAUGAAAAAGGGAGACGACUUCAACGCAACAGCCUACGUCGCAACCAACAACCGUGCUAUUAUGCUGCGGAGACAGAGUACGGAUCAUAUGCAGAUCUACCUGCUGUGUAAACCUAACUCCAAGGAGUUUGGAGAUGUCCAGCAAUCAAGUGUUGAAAAACAGAAGGAGGCUAUGGCCAAGGUUUUCCAAGGUGCCGGUUGGCAGACGAAAAACAUUCUGGAGUCUAUGAUGAAGGCUGACGACUUUUACUUGGAAAAGCUAGGCUUGGUCAAACAAGCCUUUUGGUCCCAAGGUCGUAUCACUCUCGUUGGGGAUGCAGCAUACAGCCCAUCGUCAUUUACGGGGAUGGGAACUACCUCUGCUAUGGUCGGUGCCUACGUCUUGGCCGGCGAAAUCAGCAGGCACUGUGGAUCCGAAGGAAGCGACGAGGGACUUGAAAUGGCACUGAAGUCCUACGAAACCAAAUUCCGGCCUUUCAUGGAACAGGUACAAGAAGGUGUAUCAGCAGAUUCGUUUCCUUAUAACUUGUGGCCGACAACUGCUUUUGGGAUCACCAUUUUCAACUGGCUCAUUUGGUUGCUUGCUUUCUUGAAAGUCAAUGUCUUUGGGGAAUGGCUUCUCAAAGAGAAUGUGAAAGAAUGGAAACUCCCGCAUUAUGACGAGUUGCUGUAA